AUGUCAUCUCGAGGUCGCGGAUACGGUGGAUACAAUGGGCGGGGCAGCUACAGUGGCCGUGCGAGCAGCGGAUACCGUGGCUCUUACCGCGGCAGUGGUGGCCGUGGCUCGUACGAGGGUCGCGGCGGACGUGGCGGCAGCUACUCCUAUAAUAAUGAUUCCCGAUACAGCAGCAGCGGUGGCAAUAGAUAUGCCCCAAGCAGGGAUAGGAUUGAAGAUUCCUAUAAAAAGUCGUAUAGAUCUGAGUCAACUGGUUAUUCCAAUCGGGAUUAUGGUGGCCGAUCUGGAUCACCUGAACGGAAAAGGAUAAGAAUGGAGGGGUCCAGCGAUAGACGUAGCCACGAAGGCGGCGGACACUAUGGCGGGUCUUACAGCGGUAGACAAGAGAUGUACAGCGAACGGCGCACGUUCAGUGGCGAGGACAGGAGGCGCUCGCCCAGCCGAGAGUACCGCAAGGCGAGCGCGAUGGGCCCGCCGCGCGAGCCGAUGCGCUCGGCGCCGCGCAUGCGCGCCACGCGCCGCGCCUUCCGCGGCCGCACGCUGCGCUCGCGCGCCUCCUACCGCGGCGCCCCGCGCUCGCGCCCCUCCUAUAGGCGAUUCGAAACCAGACCGCUGGGUUACACCCGAGCGUUCAGAUCUAUCAAGGGCCGAAGCUCUGUCAAGUCCAAGGAAGAUGAGGCCUCGUCAACCGAGGAAGACUGGGAUGCUGAUGACAAGGAUGAAGCCAUUGAGGACAAAAAGGAAUCCAAGAUCAAGUCACCUAAGGCAGAAGACGACGUGGACGGGUCUGACGGGGAAGCGGGCGAGGCGGGUGACGACGGGGACACGGACAAGGAGCCCGACCUGCCCGAGGUGGAGCCGCGCAAACGUCCGUAUGUGCACCUGCUCUGUGUGCACUGCAAGGACAAAUCUGCCACUUUCGGUGGAUACGCCAAGCACCUGAUGUCGAGCAAGCACCGCGCGGCCAUGAGCGCGGUGGCGCGGCGCCACAAGAUGCAGCUGCUGCGCAUGCGCGUGGCGCAGCGCGAGGCGCAGCGCUCGCUGGAGGCCACGGCCGGCGCCGACCUGGCCGCGCACACCACGUUCUGCCUCGUGUGCCGCCUCAACCACCGCACCACGCGCCUGGCGCACAACCAGAGCGACACGCACCGCGCCAUGAAGCGCUUCCUCAUGCCCUUCUGCCGCGUCUGCCGCCUCUCCUUCCGCUCGCCCAUGAUCUACGAGCACCACAUCUGCUCCCUAGACCAUCUCAAGAAAAAGGCGAACCGAACUAUUCGCCGCGCCAGCCCAAAGGAAGCUCAGGAAGGCAGUGGCGACGAAGGCAUGGAUGUUGAUUUGGAUAACUUUAUGACUCUCGACUCUGUGGGUGAUGUUGAUGAGGUGGAAGAUGAGGACUCUGGCACUGAGAAGAAAGAUAGUGAGGCUCCCAAGAAACCCAAGGUGGAGAUUAACAUUGGCAGUGACCACAUUAAGAAGUUGGAGGUGUGGUGGUGCGAGCUGUGCCGCGUGUACCUGCCGCGCACGGAGCCGGGCGGCGCGGAGGAGGCGGAGACGCUGCGCCGGCACUGCCGCCUGCGCAACCACCUCGGCCGCUACGUGCAGCACCGCGACACGCGCACGCUGCGCAAGCACGCCGAGCGCAUCCACCGCCAGCUGCACCAGCAGCGAGCUGAGGAAAACAAAGAGGCCAAUGAAGAUGAUGCUGCUGAGAAAAUCAAAAUUGAGAAAACUGAACCUGCUGAAGAAAAGAAGAAGAUAGAAAAUGGCGAGUCUGUUAAUGCUACAGGAGAAGACAAACUGUGGGCGGAUGUGGAUAAAGACAUUGGUGAUUUGUUGCGCGAAGUGCGUCCCACAAACGAGGGCAGCGACGACGACGAAGAUCUUGGGAGGUAUGACAAAUUCAGGAAGAGUGAUAAGAAAGACAAAGCUGAUGGCGAAGAAACAGAGACCACUGUGGCAGAGAGUCUUGAGAAACCUAAUAAUGAGGUUACUACCCCAGCCUAACUUCAUUUUGUUUGCACAAACUAUUCUCCUAUGUAUAUAUACA